AGGAGUAGGUGUAGGUGUAAGUGUAGGUGUAAUUGUAAGUGUAGGUGUAGGUAUAAUUCAUAUAACCUUACAUUCAUAUAACCUGCUUCAAUUAUGUUAUUUGUCUUUAUUUUCCUGUUUUAAAUGUGACUUUAUUUUCUAUUAUUAUCCAUUUAAGCUAAUCAAGAAAGAUGCAUUAACUUUAGUUCAUUAAAAUGUCGCGAUAUCGCGGGACGUUAAUCGUUGUAAAUAUCGCCAUAUCGUGCACGCGGUCAGCAUCGUGCAUCGCUGCGGUCCAGCCUGUAGGUGGAGUGACGGAAACAUCUACACGCGCUCUCCUCCUGCUCCUCCUCCCCUUCACCCUCCCGGUCUCUCGCUCGCGCCUCUCCGCCACGCAAAAACUCUACCGUAGGGAGCGUCUGGAGUCUCGAGCUGCUGGGCACGUAGAGCGCGCGGCACCGGGAGACAGAAGAGAACAGAUCAGCGCGUGCCUUUUCUGUCCAUGCGACUUCAGAGAGGAAUUAUAAACCGCGCGCGCCCGCGUGUGUGUGAGUGUGUGUGUGUUAAAAUUAUUUUCAAUCAUUCUUUUUUUUUUUUUAAUUAAAAAAAAAAACGAGGCAGAGUCUCCAGCGCGCGAACCUCCGUGAGGAGGAAUGGAGGGAGGAGGGCGCGUGCCGGUGCAUUUCAUGAAAAGCUUGAAGAUGAACGGAUGAAUUUUGCGUGCGCGUGAUGAACACAACCCAGGGAUGAUUGACCUGUUUUCCGCCAGCGCAUGUUUUCUGUUAUUAUUUUUAUUAUCGCAUAUUUACCGAUUGUCCGUCUCGUCAUGAUCUGAGGCUCGGUGAUGGACUGCAUGGAUUUACCGUGAACUCGGAUCGUUCCUCAGAUCGCAUAUGAGCCAGUGAGAUGUGGCGGUGUGUUGCAUGCGCAGUGAAGCUGCAGUGUGGAGUGUAGCCUUCAUGGCCUUCCUGUGAGAAGCUGAGUGAGAAGGAGGAGAUGGAGAAGUUCCUGCAGAUCGCGCCUCACUCCCUGGCCAUCGUGCUGAGCCGUGUAGGCUCGGACAACUCUCCCACGGUCACGGAGAAGCUCCAGCACCAUCACACCGGAUACGAGAUCUUUGCUGACUUCAAAGCCGAGAACAUGCAGCACUUCUGGAACAAGAAGGUGACGGACGCCAUAGCGGAGACCUUCUUCCUGGGAUGGAUAGACGAGCACGUCCUGCUCAUCCAGGGCAAGGAGGAUCACUUGGAAGUGCUCAGGGAAGGAUGGACGCGCAGGGCCCUCAAACCUCCACGAGGCUUCGAGAUCAAGUGCAUAGCUUGCUUUUGUCCCGUAGACAGCUCUCUGAUCUUCAUGUUGGUUUAACAACAGAUGCAGUCUUCACAGGCGGACCCAAAGGCUCAAACCAAGACUAGACAUUGCCAGCUAUCAAUUGUUUAAAUAACCAGUCUAACAGGACACAUCUGGGUAACAAGAAACACCUGUCAGUCACAUUUCAUAUAUUUUUGCGUGAGCUCAAGCGUCCUAAGUUCUAAUUUCUAAUGAGAUCUGAAGUUUUGUUCCGUCAUCUCAUUCAUCUUCUGAUCUCCACACUUUGCCGUGCCAUUUCGUUCCAAUACUUUCGGAGGGAACUGUCACACCGUCACUGCCACUGUUGGGCCUCCGAGCACAGCGAGGCCCUUAAACCUCUUUGCUCUUGGGGCGCUGUAUCAUGGAUAAUAAAGCACUCCAACUGAUCUGACUGAUCUGAUCUGAUCUGAUAUUACCACAACUUCAUAACAAGCUGGGAUAUGUGAAGAAAAAAAGAGAGAAUUUUACUGUGCUGUAACGCAUGUGUGACAAAUAAAAUCUUCUUCUUCUAUAUACGCGUUCACACGUGUGCAUGUGUAAAUAUGUGUAUUGUUCAGCAGGAAGCUAACAUUAUAGCUAACUUAUUAGCAGCAUUAACUGUGUAUAUGUAAUGUGGAGUAAAGGUCAACUAGCAGGCUGUAUGAAAGUUUGAAAAGUGUGUGUGUGUGUGUGUGUGUGUGUGUGUGUGUGUGUGUGUGUGUGUGUGUGGUUCUCAGCUAAAGCUCAGGUCAGUGGUUAGUUAUAAAUGAGGGGAUUUGUUUAAUCAUUACUCAUGCUUAUAGCUCAUUACACUUAGAUCUUUAAAUAUAAGUCAUCUAGAUUUUCUAGGUUAGUAAAUACUUUUUUAUCGUUUUGGAUUUGAGACGCAGCUCAUGACGAUAAUCAAGACGACGGCAGAAGGUUUUAAAGAGAGACCGAGAGCGUCAGUGUGUUUAACGUCGCCGUGCGUGAAAUCGCUAAGCGUUUUGGCUCUGAGAUGUCGUCUAGUGGAUGAUUUUAAUCCUCCAGAUGUGCAGUAAAUACGCCAGGUGUCAAGUAUAAACCGGCGUUAACUGGAGGACCGGGCCCGCACUAGCGGUUGCACAAAGUAAUCCGGCGGUGGAAAAACCCUGCGAGGCAGAAGGUGAAGAAAGCAGCUGGACGUACGUUGUUAGUCUGAAGAUACUUCAGAUUCGAUGAAACCAAUUCCCCUAUAAAACUUUCUUCCGCUUUAAAGCGUGAAGUAGCGUUGUGUCCGAGUCCAACCCUGUCGAGUCCGAGUCGAGACCAAGUCCUUAACCGAUAGAGUCUUUCGACUUGAAGAGUGUGUUUUGCGCGGUCUUUCGCGGUGAUGUUUGGUGGAAAUCGAGACCUUUUAGCUGUACUCGUGUUCGACACGCGGGACUCGAAGAGGGCUGAGUCUGAAGACGUCACAUGACACGUCUUGGCCCAGAUCUGCAGCGCUUCCUUGAUGUUGUGUUCAUUUCUGCGAUAGCGAAAUCACGGAAUCCUGGAGGGACUGAUCGGCCGUGUUGUCUGAGCUGGUAGUGUAACACCACACACAGUCGGACACGGUUUGUUUACGUUUCAUUGCUGCACAAACGAAACAGCCUUAAAACAGCGCUGUCCUGAAACAGCUCUUGGGAUUACGUCAUCGUCGAUUAAGUCAUCGUCUUCUUUCAAAGUGAAAUGACGACACUGUCUAACAAAACCCAUGUGAUUUCUACGUCAGAUUUAUAGUAAUCAUAACGAGGGAGAGGGAUUUUUAGUUGCGUUUGAUGUUUGAGGAUGGUGGAGGAUGUAGGAGGAUGCGCAGGGGUUUUAAAGUUUUUAAAGAUGGACGUGUUUGAAACUAAGCCAAUGAUGUUUUUUUCUUUCUUUUCACUUUAAUUGGAAAGGUCCGUCUCGAUAACGGGCGUCCGGACGGAACUGCUGGAAGUUUCCUUCACGUUCUCCUUCAGGACUAAUUGUAUUUAAUCAGAUGUAUGAAGGUUAAAGUGUGAGAUACCCAGCAUGCUAGCACGUAGCGUGUCGAUUCCCUAAAGCUCACGGAUUUAUGCGUUGUAAACGCACCUUCGUGUCUGAGCUCAUUUUUUCAUCUUAGCACAAUACCUGUGGAGUGCGAGGAUCUGGAGAAGCCUUUCAUUAUCCCUUUAGAAGUGCAGGAAAUAGGAGCCGUGGUGCUGCUUGUGGUGGUGGCGGAGCAAGAUGGAUGGAUGGAUGUAUGGAUGGAUGGUUUGCUCUGAAUAUGCAGGUGAUGAGGUUUCACAUUUCGAGAGAGGUCACAGAUCAGGAAUUUCAGGUGCUUCCUGAACAAGGCUCACACGCAGGUAUACUACAGGAAGGAAGGAGGAAGGUGUGUGAGGAUCUGACGCCGACUUCGCACAUGCAGCAUGGAACAGCGAGAAACUUAGCGGUUGAGUUGAAGCUCGAAAAGCGUAAAAAUGAGACACAAGUCGAGUUAAUGGCUUGUUUUUUUUUUUUUUUGUUUAGCCAGAUUUGAACAGGGUUCAUGUGCGUGCUGCUCUGGAGCAAUUAAAUCACUUGCAGGAACUCCUCUGUGAGUUUAUUUCUGUUUUGAUCAGACGUGGUGUUUUCUCCCUCUCCCCUUGAGAAAAUUACACACCACAUUACCCGCUGUAUGAUUUUAAACAACUCUGCGCUCGUCCGAUCAUUUUAUUCCCGUUCCAGAUCGACUGCUCUGUGAUUCUGCAGAAAGUUUUUUAAACACUACUGCGCACUUUAGCUUUCAGUCCUCUAGUGUGUGAAUCCGUACUGAACAAUCGGGAGAUCAGAAGAGUGUGUCCUCGCAGGCUGAUUAUCGGAGCUGUUAUAAUGAGGACUACAGCCAGAAACCUCUUUUUACAUUUUUUUUUGAACAAUAACACGCUCAGACGUCAGUGUGUAAGUGAUGUGAUUCGUCUCACAUACACAGGGAUAUCUUUCAUAUGUGCGUAUGUGUGUAUAAAAUAAAGGAAUGUCACUACACGCUGUGCGUUUCAGUAUCUCUGCUCUAGACAAAGAAGCUUAGGACUUGAUAAUGUCUCGCCACGCCGAGUGUUUCCGUUCCAAACCAGAUGAGGAAGGAAGGCGUAAGGACCGGCAGGAAAAGGAACGAAUGCUUCAACAUACACACACACACACACACACACACACACACACACACAUGCACACUAACAAGUACUGUGGUUUAUCAAUAGCAGGAAAGGGAGGAGAAGACAGGGGAGAGAAUAGAGGGAAAUGAGCAGAGCAAUAACAAAUCAACACUACAGAGUGAGGGAGUGAGUUAGUGAUUUUGUGAGGGAGUGAAUGAGUUAGGGAGUGGAUGAGGGAAUGAGUUAGUGAGGGAGUGAAUGAGGGAGUGAGUGAGGGAGUGAGUGAAUGAGGGAGUGAGUGAGUGAGGGAGUGAAUGAGGGAGUGAGUGAGGGAGUGAGGGAGUGAAUGAGGGAGUGAGUGAGUGAGUGAGUGAA